GCCCUCACUUGCCCCGGCAAUGAUUUACUAGCCGGGGGGGCCGCUCCCAGCCUCCGCCCCGUGGACCUUGGAGCUGGGGCCUGGCUAUGCCGUGGCUCCUCUCCACCAAAAAUGUUUUCUCUGGGGUCCUGGCUGCCGGCGUUGCCCGGGCUGGCGUGGGGCUGGGCGCUGCUGGAUGCGCUCCUGCAAGGGUUGGUGGGUGCCUGUGCCGUCUCGGUGCUCUGCAGCCUCCUGAAGGUUUAUCUCUACAUCCAGUGCCUGAACGACGCGGAGAGGCAGGCGGAGAAGGAGGCAAUCCGGGCGUGGCGGUGGGUGCUGGAGCCGCUGCACGUGGUGGUGCUGACGGGCGUGCUGGCGCUGGUGGGGUCCCGCGUGGCCGCGCUGGUGGUGCUGGAGUUCUCCCUGCGCGCCGUCUCCACUGUCCUCUCCCUCGGCAAGGGUGCCCACAGCAGCCAGCUCUACCUGCUGUGCCAGUACUCACUGGGCUGCGGGGUGUCCUGCAGCCUCAGCUUCUUGCUGGAAGGGGCUCCUCACCGGACUUGCAACCUGGCGCUGGCGGUGGGGCUGGCGGGGCUGCUGGCUGCCUACGCCGGGCGCCUGGCUCGUCACGUCUGCACCCUCUACGAGUUGCACAGCCGAGCACGUUACUGCGGCAUCUGCAUCUUCCUCCUCGCCGCCGGUCACGGCAUCCCCCAGCUGCUCCGGAACGCUUUGGCCAUCACCUUUGCCGUGGCUGACCUGGCCGCCGUGGCGCUCAUCAACCGGGAUUUCCUCUCCACGGCGGAGGCCGUCCGCUUCUGGACACCGCUCACCAUCUGCUACACGCUGCUGGUCAUCUACAUGCAAGAGGAGCCGCGGCAGAGCACCAGCGGGCAACCGGUUUACCAGAUGGUGCUGGUACGGAUGGGCGGCCUCUUCAUCCUUCUCCUCACCGUUGGCCGUUGGACUGACAUCCUCCACGUCCUCAUCUCGCUGCUGGGAGAGCUCUGGUGCCUGCUCCGUGCUGGUGUCAUGUUGGAGGCAUGCCGGCGGCAGGAUUUCACCCAGCGGUCUCGGUUGGAUAGGUGGACAGGAUCAGGAUCAGAGGAGGCAUCCUGA